AAGGUUGGAGAGAGGUGGCGCCAAGGCAAGCACAGGGAAAGUGGUUGGGAGAAAGGGAGAAAACAUUGGAAUUCUGUGUGAUACCAAGGAGAUCAUUUGGAUUUUGACUUCUACCAAAGAGUUUGGAGAAUUGGUUGACCUGAAUGGAACCAAUCCCUUGAAGUAAAGAGCAGGAUGGAAGGUGCUGGAAGAUCACCUUAUUCUGCCAAACUACAUCACAGUACUGCUCUCCUUGGCAUUUACUGACAUACCCUCUUUAAGCCAUAAUGUUACCUAAUCAGAAUUUAGACCCAGAACCUAGUCACAGCUCUGACCUACACUUUCUAUUAAUAUAAAAAUUUACAUUACUCACACCCACAAAAUAAGGAUACCAGUAUUCUAGCCUCUUCAUAUGAACCCAUUUCUGCUCUUUGGCUUCCUGCCCUCCUUCUCCUACUUCAUUACAGAUACAAUUCAUUACUCUGUUCAGUUCUCCGGUCUAGACCUGCGUCUUGAAGCCAUGCCCCAGCCUACUCAUUUCCCCCAUCCCCUUCUGUCACUGCCCCUUCCUGGACUCUUCUCAGCUUGCCUCACCCUCCCAGAGUCCUCCUCCCCAGUGGUUUGCCUGGAACACAAAGACUUUUCCCCUCCUAGUGGAGGGGGGGGGUAGGGGUUUCAGCCCCACCCUCAGGAAGAUGCGGCUUUGCCUCCCCUGCUCAGUAGUACUUCCUCUCUGGCUGACGGGGCUGACAGCAUCCAGACCCUGGGCAGGAUCCUGGCAUUGGGACAGAUCCAGGGAUAGGCUACACCACUCUGCCCUGACCCUGGGAUUGGCACCAGCUUCCAGCCAGUACCUGGCAAAGCUCAUAAGACCUUUCAAUGGCUACAAACACUACAUCCCCUGCAGCAUCCUCCUCACUAAGUGUCAAGUUCAUCUCUCUUCUGGCUAUCACUCUACUGUCAGUGGCACUGGCUGUGGGGCUUCCUGGCAACAGCUUUGUGGUGUGGAGCAUCCUGACAAGGCUGCGGAAGCGUUCUGUCACCGCCUUGCUGGUACUGAACCUGGCCCUGGCCGACCUGGCCGUAUUGCUCACUGCUCCCUUUUUCCUCCACUUCCUGGCUCAAGGCACCUGGAGGUUUGGAGUGGCUGGCUGCUGCCUGUGUCACUAUAUCUGCGGAGUUAGCAUGUAUGCCAGCGUCCUGCUCAUCACAGCCAUGAGUCUGGACCGCUCGCUGGCGGUGGCCCGCCCCUUUGUGUCUCAGAAGCUUCGCACCAAGACAAUUGCCAGGCGGGUGCUGGCAGGUAUCUGGGUGAUGUCCUUCCUGAUGGCCACGCCCGUCCUCAGGUACCGCAGGGUGAUCUUGGCAUCGAACAACAGGAGCCUGGUGUGCUCUUUGAAGUACACUAGCGAGGACCAAAGGGCCUUCCAUCUACUCUUCGAGGCCAUCACGGGCUUCCUGCUGCCCUUCCUGGCGGUAGUGGCUAGCUACUCCGACAUUGGGCGCCGGCUGCAGGCCCGGCGCUUCCACCGCAGCCGCCGCACCGGCCGCCUGGUGGCGCUCAUCAUCCUGGCCUUCGCCGCCUUCUGGCUGCCCUACCACGUGGUGAACUUGGCCAAGGCCGGCCGCGCGCUGGCUGGCCAGCCCGCCGGGUCCGGGCCCGCGGGGCAGCGGCUGAGCCUGGCCCGCCAGGUGCUCAUUGCGCUUGCCUUCCUGAGCAGCAGCGUGAACCCUGUGCUGUACGCGUGCGCUGGCGGCGGCCUGCUGCGCUCGGCCGGCGUGGGCUUCGUCGCCAAGCUGCUGGAGGGCACAGGGUCGGAGGCAUCCAGCACCCGACGCGGAGGCACCCUGGGCCACACUGUGAGAGUUGCGGCUGCUGCCGCUUCUCCAGAGCCCGAACCCAUGGAGGGAAGCGAACUGAGCUAGGACUGGAAAGGACGCUUGCUUUUCUCCCAGCCCAGUGACCCUGCGCUGGGCUGACACAGUUCUGUAGACGGAAGAGGAACAGGAGCGUGGGAGAGAGGGGUGGAGCUGAGGAAGACAGAGGGAUGGGGCGUGGGAGGACAGAGUGAGAGCUGUGCUCCAGCCUGGCUCCUGCUGCAGCUUUUUCAUUCAAACUAAGUCUGAAAUCGAGUCAGCCCUGAAUGUGGGCAAGUUUUAUAGGCCACUGGGUAUUUGCAGGCGCCUAGAAGAAGUUCCUCUCAGUAGGGAGAAUCACACCCUUUAGUUCCCCAUGAUUUACAAUUGUGGAAGAGAUGCAGAGUCAGAAACCGCCUACCUCAAAAUCGAUCAUACUUGGAAAAACAGUUUACAGAAUCCUAAAGGAGCUUGUCUAGGAAGACCACCCACGUAGGAUUAUCACUCCAGACUCUGUGACUCACUGGGUCUUCAGAGAAAACCCUGCUUUGAACAGUCUUCCCUGAAGCCUGUGAUAAAUAUCCUUGUUAACAUGACUCCAACUUCCUGCCCAUAAUCUUCCUCUUUUCAGGCAGGGAUGGGGAACCUGUGGCCUUCUGAUGUCAAGAUUGUUCUUUUUUAAACAUCAAAGGAAUCAAGAAAAGCUUCAUCUUUCUCUGCUGCACCCUUUUAAUAAAAGAAUUUGUUCCGUAAAA